AUGCCCAAAACCAUUAAUCCACCUCUACAGGAGAACAAGAAACCGUUCCAUCAGAGGAACAGUUCAGACGAGAUCAAUGUCUUUGAAGCCUCCCGUUACUUUGAAGACACGAACACCACCCUCUCUCAUAAGAAUUACAUGAGAGAGAGUGUUGGAAGACUGAGUCUUGAUAUCCAGAACAAUAGAAGAAACUCCAAUAUUCCUUUACAAGCCAUGAUGAUGGAGAACGGAAGAAACUCGAUACCUUUAAAAGCUAUGAUGAUGGAUCCGAACCAUAUGAUGAUCAAGAAUGAGAAGAAGUAUAAGCAACCAAGCUCACCAGGAGGGAAGUUGGCUCAUUUCUUGAAUUCCCUUUUCAACCAAACAUCUUCCAAGAAGUCCAAGUCGAAGUCAAAGUCAACCACAUCGACACAAUCUAUUAAAGAUGAAAAUGAGAGUCCUAGUGGAUGGAGAAGAAAGAGGAGGAGUAGCAUCAGCCUAUUCAGGAGUGGGAAUAGUAAUACCAGCAAUAUUGCAAGUGAAACAAAACCUGCUAAUUACUCAACAACACCACAUGCAUAUGAUGAUCACAUGCCACAGGCACCCACAAAGAGGACAAGCUAUAAAGAUCUCAGAAGCUAUUCAGACCACAAGCCUACAUAUGAAGUUACCAAAGUACCCUUUAAUGAAAACUACAACAAGAAUGAAAACCUCAAGAUCAAGAGUGGGUUUUCUGACAGAAAAAGAAGUCCUGAAAAUGUGUCAGUAGAGAAAGUUAGGGUUUGUGAUGUAAAACAUGAUGAUCAUAAUCAGAAGUAUGAUCCGACGGUGGAGAUUAAAGAAUUCAAGAGAUUCAUUCUUGAUGAUGAUGGAGAUAGUGAUUCAAGCUCUGAUCUUUUUGAGUUAACAAACUGUGAUUUGGGUUAUUAUUCAAGCGGUUUGCCAGUUUUUGAAACCACCCAUAUGGAUAGCAUCAAGAGGGGUACACCGAUCUCUAGCUAA